AUGGUCGCUUUCUUCCCCUCACUCUCCGACAAUCUUCGGACUUGGGCGCUGUCGCAACCACUCUUCUUCAUCGCUUCGGCCCCAUUGAACGGUAAACACGUCAACGUCUCACCCAAGGGCUACCCUCAAGGCUGCUUCUCUAUCAUUAACCCCAACCUGUGCGCCUAUGUGGAUCGAACCGGAUCGGGUUGUGAGACCAUCUCUCACGUCUACGAGAAUGGUCGCGCAACCUUGAUGUUCUGCUCCUUCGGCAAUUCCCCGAGAAUCAUGAGGCUCUUCUGCAACGCCCGCAUUGUCGAGUGGGACAGCCCAGACUUCGAAACCUGGAUGCAACGUAUGAAGCUGGCCAAGGUCGACUCGGCGCGCUGCAUCGUCGUCUGCGACAUCUUCCAGGUUCAGACUAGCUGUGGCUACAGCGUCCCCAAGGUGCGCAAGAUGAUCGCCGACGCCGACGGCAAUCUGCCUGCAGACGUCGAGAAGCAGGAUAUCGGUGUUUCAGGCUUUGAGGAAAGGCCUACUCUCCUUUUCUUCAACAGCAAGCGGGAGAGAGAAGGCACUGCGCACCAAUAUCAAGCCGAAAUGAACACGAAGAGCUUGGACGGUCUCCCUGGACUGCGGGCGGCGCAGCGGGACGCGGGGAAGAACGUGUUGGUUGAGCGUAUGAAGGCGUAUGUAAGACGGGUUCUGGCGCAAUCAGAGGGAAUAGCGUUUGGGUUUGUCAUGGCGUUAUUAGUGUAUUAUGCUUUGGCGCUAGCUGCCUCAGCAGGCUGGGGAAGAAAAGGAACCUCAACAGGCCCUUGA